GAUAAGAUAAAUAAUAUCUUAAUGAUAAGACACUAUAAAAAUCGAUUUUUGCUAAUAAAAUUUGUUAGUUUUCGACCGAUAACGUAUAUAACUUCAUAAAUUUAAUAGUAAUCGUGUUAAAAUGACCGGCUUAUACAUAUUAUUCUUUGCCAUGCUUAUGGUAACAGCAAAUUCACUAAAUUUCAAAUUACCUAGUGAUUGUUCUCCAAAUUCGAAAUGUCCAUUAAAUGACAAUGGCUAUGUAGUCCAUCUUCCUGAUAAUAACAACUGCCACAAAUUUUUUAAAUGUACAAGAGGAUUUGCAUGUUCAAAGGAAUGCCCACGCUAUGGCAAUGGAAAUCAAUUAGUGUUCAAUCCGAAAGAACAAGUUUGCGAUUGGCCAUUUAACGUCCCAAAUCUACCAAAUUGUAUUUAUCCAGGGCAAUCAAUUUCGACAUCAUCUACUAAAACAGAAACAACGACAUCAUCAACGACGACACCGUCAACGACGACAUCGUCAACGACGACACCGUCAACGACGACACCGUCAACGACGACACCGUCAACGACGACACCGUCAACGACGACUUCAGUCAUUCCAGAAAAACCUUGUUCAGGCACGGAGAAUAUUGAGGAUAAAACAGAUUGCAGGUACUAUUAUGUAUAUGAUUGCAAAACUGGAAAAAAGUGGAGACAGAAAUGCCAAGAAGGACUCGUUUUCAAUCCGAUAAUCGAAAGUUGCGACAAACCAGCGAAUUCGCCUUGUUCAACGACAAUUCCACUUCGAAAAUAAACGAUAUAAUGGGGAAGAAAAUUUUUCUGGAUUUUGGCAAUGCUGUUGAAAUAUAUUGUUGAAACGAUUUUUAAAGAGAGAAAAAUAACUUCAACAAAAAUUGACCAUUACAUAUUUUACGAAGAUUUUUGUGUUUUUAGAUUAAUUAAAGAAUAUUAUUGUGAUAGCAAGAUUUAAAAAAAAUAAAACAUUCAAAAUUGUA